AGAGUGUUCAGAAUCCAUAUUCCUCUAACUUGUUCUCAGGCUACACUCUGCCAACUCUUCUCGGAUUUAUGGCGGUCGCUGUUCGACCUCUCUGGUGAAUCCAAGUUCACUAUCGCUUUCUAGCUUCAAUAUAGCAAUUUAUUAUGUCUUCUAUCGUCACAGAUUUUCUAAGUUCAACACUGGGUUUGCUAUGGAACAAGGUUGGUGACUCAACAACAGAGAGGGACGGCGAUGUCACCGAUGACAAAAUUCGUGAGUUCGUUGUGAAAGAGCUACUCAAGAUCAGGACGACAUACGAUGAUCUUUCAUGUAGAGAUCUGCUCAGCAGCUACACUUUGUUGCAGGAAGGAGUUCAAGCACUUAUUKCUGCUCUUGAAGAAUCAAAUCUAAAGCAGAAAGCUCCGACAAAUGAAACCCAAGAUGACGAUGAAACAUCAACAACUGCAACUGUUGGAUCUAAUGUUUUAAACGAAGUCCUUAAACUAUUUCAAGCCGUCAAGAAGAUAAAACACAACUCGAGUAAAGAGUUUGAAGUGGCCAAGGAAAGAUUUAUGGAUGCACGUAAAAAAGCAACCGAAGCGAUCAGUAUUAUAAACACAUUAAACAUUGAAGACAAAAUUGUCGCAACGAAGCUUCGAAUAGUUUCUGAAAUAUUAGAAUGUCUGGACAACCCAGACAAAGCAAUCACAGGAUGCCUAUCGGUUUUGGAACAGAUUCAUAGCUUACCUGACAUUCAAGAAAUAUUCAACGUGUAUAUACAGAAUCAAAAUCUCGAGUCGUUGAAUAAAAAAUGCRUCGACAAUGUGAAGUCAGUGAUGUUGAUAAAUUUCGUGCUAUUUGAACACGUUUUGAAGUUCAGCAGUAACAAUCCAGCACUGCGUUGGCCRACAAUCGAACUUGAUGACCGUAGUUUUAACCCAAUAUUACACUGGAUGCUGAUUUCGGAAAGAAAGUGUAUGGGAAACGAUUUACACCAGCAUCCUGGCAGAUUCUGCCAAGGACUAGAAAUACAACCGUAUUAUAUAGCUGUGAACAGUCGUAGUGAACUYAUUGAUUUUACUAGUACCUACAUGUAUGAUAAAACUAUUCAGUUCAUAUCUAGAACUGGAGAACGGUUUAAGAGGAUGAWAUUGCCAGACCCAAUGGAAUUUGAAAACAUCACAGAACACGGRAUUAAAUGUCUUGCCAUUGAUAAAGAMAAUAAGKUGUAUGUGAUAAGGGAGAUUAAAACACUUGAUGGCACUAAUWUUUGUGCACUUUAUGUGUUCAAUGAGGACUUUAGUGUCAUGCACACAUGUGCUUUGGAUUUCCUCRGGGUACAUGUAGGUGAAGAAGAUGAAGAUUUAUCAAGUAAAAUUGCAAUAAGCAAAAACAAUGAUAUCAUCAUUUGUCAAAACAAUGAUCCCAAUGUGUAUAUAUGUGACAACAUUGGACAGUUGAAGCACAAGAUUGAAACAAAUGAUGACGAAGGCCGACCCAUCCUCUGUAUUAGUGAUAAAAGUGAUAUCAUCAUAACGCGUGACUGCAGCGAUGAACUGGAGAUAUACACCAAGGAAGGAAAUCUGAAAGCAAGAAUAAAUGUACCAGACCAGCACAAUAUUUUGAGCGUGGCCUUUCAUCAUGUGAUGWGCAAAAUCAUYGUUCUAACCAGAGACUAUGACACUGUCCACCAUCUCUUAUUAUAUUCASAGUCAGGUGAACUGGAGACCACAGCAUUGAUUCGCGAYGACUUCGGAUGGUGUCCAGCAGUCACGUCUCAUCCAAGUGGAGCAUUUGCUGUUGUAACAUCCUACCAUGUCAGGUUUAUUUAUUAAUGUUGUCUUUCAUUCUACAURUAGCAAAGAUUUCAUUUGGUAUUAGCGUCAAACUUCUUAGCAAGAAGAUUGCAUCAYCUACUGUCGGUCCCCGAAAAUAAAUGCUGGGGAGUCACCGUGGACUGUAGUCUAACAUGGCAAACAUGUACCUCAYGUAGCCUCAAAUAUAUAGGUAGCUCUUCUGAACUAAUAGCGUGAAUAUCUGUUAAUAUUUUAAUCAGUUAUAGACAAACAAAAGCGACUCAAAAAUGCCAAAUAAAUAUUGAACAAAUCAAUAAAUACAUUAAAUGAGCUUGUGAAUGAUGAUAUCAUGGUCAGUUUUAAGUAAACUGCCAAUAUCACCCCAUAGAACAUCUCUUCCUCUUUAUACUCUUACAGAAUAAUCUAGGGUUCYAGGAAAAUGUGUGUAUUCUGUAAAAGGGGUGUGAUCAUUGUAUCUUAACUAGCAGUUAUAUUUAGCUAAUUCAUAGCAACAAAAGCUAGUAUCUUAGUUUUGGGGUAAUUUAAAUUUUUUUUGACACAAGGAUAAAGUUCCAAGAUGUAUUCACCUGUAGCUUGAGUUCCAUGUUACACAGGUUUUCUUCAACAAGUAAUAAGAAGGGAAAAGAUCCUUGUGCUGAAAAUAAAAUACAUAAAAAAGUAAA